AUGGACCAUGGGUAGUAUUCCAGGAACAUAACCUGCCAGUAGUGCAUAACAUAAUAAACGUCAGAUUGGAAAUCAUCGGCGAUUAGAAAAAGAACUUUAAUCCUUGUGAGCCAGUGGAAGAAACAAAGAAAAUGGUUAGAUUAACUGGUAGAUAUUUCGCAAUGUUCAUUAGCGGAUUUGUAGGAUUAUUUGCGCUGGCUACUUAUCCAGUGAUGAUACAACCGAUGCUGAAUCCAGAACCUUACAAAAAAAACAGAGAACGAGCAUAUGGCAAGGCUGGCCCACCACUUGGAUGAUAUAGCUGAAUCAAAAGAGGGUAGUCCAAAUCCUUCUGUUUUAGUAAAAGACGAAAGAUACUUGAAAUCAAUUAUACCAAUUGCAUCGUAAAAAUAAUCCUAUAAUUAGCUAGAUUUUAUGUAUGUACAUAUAUGUAUAUAAUUUGAGAUUGUUUUGAUUAAAAAUCGUCAUCACACACGUCCAAGAAAA